CAGUGUUUGCUUCACACUUCGGUUUGUGGACGUGGUGCGCGAAGGUGUGCUGUGCUUUUUCGUUCAUCCGCAAUGUCCGCCAAACUGUACAGCGUUCCCACAAGCCCGUCCUGCGGCUUUGUCCGUUCAGUUGCGAAACAUAUUAACAUCGAUCUUUGUGUCAGGAAUCUGGAUUUCUCUAAAGAAGAACACCUCGACGACGAAUACGUGAAGCUUAAUCCCUUCCUCAAGGUGCCCACUCUGGAGGAUGGUGGGUUCGUCGUUCACGAGAGCACUGCUAUCGCCUACUACCUGCUCAGCAAGUAUUCUCCUCAGUCCCAGUUGUACCCACUGAGCCCGAGACUGCGCGCCCGUAUCGACCAGGUCCUCGCCACCAUCGCCAGCUCUAUCCGGCCUCAUUUCGUGGAAUUUUUCCGCCGGUUCUUCUGCGACAACAGCGCGCCCACCACAAUGGAAAUAGCCGUCUUCGAGGAUACCGUCGUUAAAGGGUUAGAGCAUCUCAUCGGCGAUGGCCCGUUCGCAGCUGGUGACGAGCUUACGCUCGCCGAUCUGUGCAUCAUCGCCAACCUCGCUGUGGCUUUCACAAACGGCUUCAUCGACCUAGCCAAGUUCCCCGCCUUGUUAGAUUACUAUGGUCGGGUCUCAGAGGCGCUUCCCUACUUCUCUGAAGUCUUCGCAGACGCCGUCGAAAUCGUUCACCGGCGCUGGAAGCAGCUCAUUCAAUCUCCUUCAAUCUCUGAAGAAUCGAACGGUGAAGAGCCAAUGGCAACAGAAGAACAAAUGACGUCGGAAGACCAGGAAGAAGAAAUGGCACAGGACGAAUCAAUUAAAUCGGAAGACAAGGACGAAUCAAUUAAAUCGGAAGACAAGGAUGAAUCAAUUAAAUCGGGAGACAAGGAAGAAUGAAUUAAAUCGGGAGACGUGGAAGAAUCAGUUAAAUCGGAUGACACGGCAGAGAAAAUGAAUGGUGCAGGUAGUGUGUGAAUGUCGUGUAAUCUACAAUCCAGCUAAUAAAACAAGCCCGUAAUCUCA